AUGGCCGCAGUGGCGGUGGUCGAGAUGGUCGUGAUGGCCGCGAUGGCCAUGGUGGACGUCGUGGUGGAUGUCGCAUCAACCGUAUUUAUCGUCCCUGCGGCGGGUGCCUGGGACGCGGGCAGCGUGAGUGUCUCCUUGUUACGCUAUGAUCCAUGGACUUUCCUAAUCAGCGAGAAUCAGACCACCGACACGACUGCCCUCGAAACCGCCAGCGCGGGGGGUUGCGAAGCAAUGGUGCAGCCCGGCCAGGUCGUGUUCUCCUACCUCUUCGGCCCUUCUCGUCAGGGAAACCUGGUGUGGCACGCUCCUCGAAACAACCACACAAUCCACCUCGCAACCAUGCAAAUCCAGCUGCAGCUUCAGUCGCAGCAGCUGAUGCAACAGCAGCUAUCAUUGCAAAUCCAACUGCAGCAAAAUCUGCUCAUGCAGCAGCGAGUGUUGGAACAACAGCAGCAGAGACCAGCCCGCCCAGUGUUGCAGCUACAAAACGGUGCCACUCAGGAAGGCCACCAGCAAGACCACCAGCAAGACCACCAGCAAGACCACCAGCAAGACCACCAGCAAGACCAUCAGGAGGACCAGAUAGACGACAAUGUGGAUUUUGCCUGA